UAUGAGGCUUUUAUUUUGAAGGACGCUGGUCGGGACUCGGAAGUGUUUGUGUUUCUGGUUUAGACCAUCUAGUGACUAACAAACCACACAGACGUGACACCGAGUCUACACAUGGUACUGCCUCUCAUAACAAGUCAGCCAAUGAGAACAAUUGCGGUCCUCGGAGGAGGGAUUGGGGGUUUGGCUACUUCUUACUACCUCUGCAAAAAUCCCCAGGUUACCAAGGUAAUUGUGUUGGAGUCCAGCAGUCGUUUUGGAGGUUGGCUGUGGUCUACCAGGAGGUCGGAUGGAGCCGUGUUUGAACAUGGACCCAGAGGAAUUCGACCUGCUGGGGCAGUGGGACGCAACACACUCAAUAUGGUGGAGGAUUUGGGUCUUGAGGGGGAGAUUCUGCCAGUCACCUACAGUCACAUCGCCUCCAAGAACAGAUACCUGUACGUCAAUGGACAGCUUCACAAGAUGCCUUCAAAAAUAAGUGAACUUUUGAGGACAGUCCCGCCCUUCUCUCGCCCCCUCCUGUUGAGUGUUGCUUCUGAGCUACUGGUGGCUAAAAGCAAGGAGGAAGACGAAUCCAUCCACUCGUUUGUUUCUAGGAGGCUUGGAAAAGAGUUGGCAGAUAUUGCUGUGGACAGUUUGUGUCGUGGUGUGUUUGCAGGGGAUUGCAGAAAGUUGAGCGUACGAUCCUGCUUUCCUCCUUUCUACAACGCAGAGCAGCGCAGAGGUUCUCUGAUACUAGGAAUGCUGCUGGGCUCAGGUCCAACUCCUGUGAUCUCUCCUGGCUCUCUGGCUCAGAGAUCCAUCAAAGAGAACUGGGCCCAGUGGUCUCUGAGACGAGGAGUUGAAUCCCUCCCAGAAAGUCUCACUGAGUACCUGCAGCAGAGCGGGAAAGUGGAGCUUCACAGAGAGGCGACUGUUAAACAGAUUCAUCCUUCAGCCUCUGGUUGGAAGAUUCAUUUGGAGGAUGGAGUCGUAUCAGCUGACCACAUCAUAUCUGCACUGCCUGCUAAAGCCCUUUCUUCAGUCCUGCCCUCCUCCUGUCAGCCUCUCAUCCAGCAGCUGCAGGACGUUUCCUCAGUAACCGUUGCUGUGAUAAAUCUGGAGUAUGAAGGCUCCAUCCUGCCUGUAACGGGUUUUGGCCACCUUGUUCCUUCAUCAGAGGAUCGGGGUUUACUAGGAGUGGUCUAUGACUCCGUCCCCUUCCCUCAACACAACAGACCUGACGGACAAACAACCAGACUGACGGUCAUGAUGGGCGGGGCCUGGUUCCAGGAAGUGUUUGGGCCCCCAGAGGCAGUAACAGAGGAGCAUCUUAUAGCGAGAGCCACUGAGGCAGUGCAGAGCCACCUAGGAGUCACAACGUCACCCGUCUGGAGCCGAGUGGCUUUACAAAGGGACUGUAUUCCUCAGUAUUAUCUGGGACACUUUUCAAAAGUGGCGUCCAUGCGUGGCUUCAUCAGGGAGAAUAAUCUACCGCUGUCUCUGACUGGCUCCUCCUACGAUGGCGUGUCGGUGAAUGAUGUCAUCUUUAGUGGACGGACAGCUGUACAGGAGCUGUUGGGAACUGGAGUUUGAAGGAGUUUGUCAAUAUUCAGACAUGACAACUUCCAGCCGCCUGUGUACCAGUAAUUCCAAUAGUCUGCUGUGCACAGAGCAUACAUGAAUAUCCAGCUUCAGUGAGAGACCACGGCCUGUGGACAUGAACAUCUGCAACUUCUCCUGAAAUGCCUCCUACUUACAAACAAGAACACAUCCCAGGUUGUUGCCUGUAUGAGCCUGUGAGGAAAAGUCACUGAUAUCAGCUGCAGUGGUUUAAACAACUCUACAUGUUCAUAGAAAAUGUAAGACUGAAUGUCUCAUGGCUGAGCUGCUCCAAACUGUGAAUGCAGCAGCUUGUCUGUUUGUACUGUGAUGUCAGGCCCCAGUAAUAAGCUGCAUUAAUUUAUUUCAUAGCAGAGGAUUACACAUUUUGUGGUUCUGAGGCUAACAAUAUUGUUUUCUAAUAAAUAAUUGCCUACUGAUUUUAAAUAAAGCCUUAUUGUACUCAUGA